UACAAGGUUGUGCUGGAAAUUUUCACGGUCAAAUAGGUGAAGCUUCUCUUGAACCAAAUGCCACCUCAAAUGAAGAAUACAUUCCCUUUAUAAAAUGUUUCAUUCAAAAAUCUGGAUAUCAAAUUGCAUGC